AUGUCCGCCGAGAACGAGAUGGAUCCGGGAGAGCUGCCGGCCCAUCUGCCCGCGCUGACUCAAGUCGAGGAGAUGAUUGUCGCCCGGUCGCACGUGCAAAUGAUGGUCUAUCGCUACCGUGGCCACCAGUACCACUACUCGGGACACUGUGUCAGUUUCAUACAAAACACGAUGAAGACGGUCGAUGUAAUCUGCAUGCGGAACUUGAUGUGCUGGUGCUACGGCCCUCAGAUCGCGUCGUCGGACAUGAUCUCCAGUAUCGACGCCAGUUCCGGUCGGAUUUUCGGGCUCGGAAGGGACAUGCGCACCACCCGGAUUACCGGUAUAUCACUAUUUCCCCGGACCGGAUCGACGCCCCUACCGAUCGAUGGCGAUAUAUCCUCAUCGUUUCUGGCUCUGAUCGAUGAGGCGAGUGGGGAGGAACCCCCCGCGCCCGAACAACCGGUUCCCACCGAGCUGCCCCCGCCGAAUUCUCAAUCGAUGGUCCCCAAUCUCAAUGUCGCCGCGACCGAGGCGGAUCUCGUCGUACGAGAGAUUGCCAGCCGGAAUUCCCCCCUCCCAGCCUUCCCGCACCCUCGAUUCGACAGACCCCCAUCGACGAAGCGUCGGGCCAAGAUCGGAUCUUUGCCAUGGCCUUCCCGACAUUGUAUCCGACGGGUCAGGCUGAAUUCAACACCCCCGGAUGCGGAAGGUGGAUUUAAACGAUUACACGCGGCAUCUGACGUGCCUUCACGACGAGAGGUUCGGCCGGCACCCGCGCUAGCGGUUUUUCGUCUUCAACCCCUAAUGCGUCGGAAGGCCAACGGGGUGGCCCGCUUCUACGUGUCGAAGGCGUCCGGUCUCAAGGAUCUCAGCCGGGAAGAGCUGACGGAAGCCCCGCCGGCCGACGAUGCCCUCCUCCCUCAGAUUGUGCGCCAAGGUUCCGAUCUGACGGGGACACGCCCGUUUUGGGGGAAUAAGAGCAACCACUUACAGGCCCAGGCCCGCUUUCCCUCGCCCGGCACGUCGCCUGUUUUCGUGACUUUGAGCGCGGCGGACAUGCAGUGGCAGGACCCAAAGAGAGCAUUGCCUAGGCCUUUCGUAUGUAGCCGUGUCAUGCGUGAAGACAUUAGAUGGGCUGUUAUUUGA